CUUGGGGCCGCCUCCGGUGAGGAAUGGCGGUAACAGUUAGAGGAAUCGGGGCUUGAAGAGGUGGCCUUCCAGGGCGUUUUUGAGAGUGCCAACUUAGAAGAAUACAAACAAUGGCUGACAAUAGUGUCUUAACGUUCACUUCUGGGAGUUCAGGCUUGGCAGACUCUUCCAUUUUUGAUUCUAAAGUUACCGAAACUUGUAAGGAAAACUUACUUAUUGGACCUACUUCAUAUGUUGAAGAAGAAAUGCCUCAGGUUGAGACAAGAGUGAUAUUGGUUCAAGAAGCUGGGAAACAAGAAGAACUUAUAGAAGCCUUAAAGACUAUUAAAAUAAUGGAUGUCCCUGUAAUAAUAAAAGAAAGUUGUCCUGGAAAAUCGGAUGAAAAAUUAAUAAAAAGUAUUGUUAAUAUGGAAAUUAAAAUGCCCUUUGUAAAGAUGGAAUCAGUGGAACAGUAUGAAAGUUUGGAGUCUCCAGAAUUCGAAAAUGUAUUCGUAGUCAUGGACUUCCAGGAUCCUGUCUUUAAUGAGUUACACAAGACUGAUUGUAGAGUUAUUGGACCACCAGUUGUAUUAAACUGUGCACAAAAAGGAAAGCCUUUGCCAUUUUCAUGUCGUCCACUCUAUUGUACAAGCAUGAUGAAUCUAGUACUUUGCUUCACUGGAUUCAGGAAGAAAGAAGAACUAGUCAGAUUGGUGACAUUGGUUCACCACAUGGGUGGAGUUAUUCGAAAAGACUUUAAUUCAAAAGUUACACAUUUGGUGGCAAAUUGUACUGAAGGAGAAAAAUUCAGGAUUGCUGUGAGCCUGGGUACUCCAAUUAUGAAGCCAGAAUGGAUUUAUAAAGCUUGGGAAAGGCGAGAUGAACAGGAUUUCUGUGCAUCAGUUGAUGAUUUUAGAAAUGAAUUUAAAGUUCCUCCAUUUCAAGAUUGCAUUUUAAGUUUUCUGGGAUUUUCAGAUGAAGAAAAAACUAAUAUGGAAGAAAUGACUGAAAUGCAAGGAGGUAGCUAUUUACCAGUUGGGGAUGAAAGGUGCACUCACCUUAUAGUUGAAGAGAAUAUAGUAAAAGAACUUCCAUUUGAACCUUCAAAGAAACUUUAUGUUGUCAAGCAAGAGUGGUUCUGGGGAAGCAUUCAAAUGGAUGCCCGAGCUGGAGAAACUAUGUAUUUAUUUGAAAAGGCUAAUACACCUGAGCUCAAGAAAUCAGUGUCACUGCUUUCUCUAAAUACUCCAAACAGCAAUCGCAAAAGACGUCGUUUGAAAGAGGCACUGGCUCAGCUCUCGAGAGAGUCAGACCUGUCACCUUUCCCUCCCCGGAAGCGCCCGUCGGCUGAACAUUCCCUUUCUAUAGGGUCGCUCCUAGAUAUCUCCAACACGCCAGACUCUAGCAUUAACUAUGGAGAAACACCAAAGUCUUGUACUAAGUCUUCCAAAAGUUCCACUCCUGUUCCUUCAAAGCAGUCAGCCAGGUGGCAAGUUGCAAAAGAGCUCUAUCAGACUGAAAGUAAUUAUGUAAAUAUAUUGGCCACAAUUAUUCAGUUAUUUCAGGUACCACUGGAAGAAGAAGGACAACGUGGUGGGCCUAUCCUUGCACCAGAAGAGAUUAAGACUAUAUUUGGUAGUAUCCCAGAUAUCUUUGAUGUGCACAGUAAGAUAAAGGAUGAUCUUGAAGAUCUUAUUGUUAAUUGGGAUGAAAACAAAAGCAUUGGUGACAUCUUUCUUAAAUAUUCAAAAGAUUUGGUAAAAACCUACCCACCCUUUAUAAACUUCUUUGAAAUGAGCAAGGAAACAAUUAUUAAGUGUGAAAAACAGAAACCAAGAUUUCAUGCUUUUUUGAAGAUAAACCAAGCUAAACCAGAAUGUGGACGGCAAAGCCUUGCUGAACUCCUCAUCCGACCAGUACAGAGGUUACCCAGUGUUGCAUUACUUUUGAAUGACCUUAAGAAGCAUACAGCUGAAGAAAAUCCUGACAAAAGCAUGCUAGAAAAUGCUAUUGAAUCACUAAGGGAAGUAAUGAAGCAUAUUAAUGAGGAUAAGAGGAAAACUGAAGCUCAAAAGCAAUUUUUUGAUAUUGUUUAUGAAGUAGAUGGAUGCCCAGCUAAUCUUUUAUCUUCUCACCGAAGCUUAGUCCAACGAGUUGAAACAAUUUCUCUAGGUGAGCACCCCUGUGACAGAGGAGAACAAGUAACUCUCUUUCUCUUCAACGAUUGCCUGGAGAUAGCAAGGAAACGCCACAAGGUUAUUGGCACUUUUAGGAGUCCUCAUGGCCAUACCCGACCCCCAGCUCCUCUUAAGCAUAUUCAUCUAAUGCCUCUUUCUCAAAUCAAGAAAGUGCUGGACAUCAGAGAGACAGAAGAUUGCCAUAAUGCUUUUGCCUUGCUUGUGAGGCCACCAACAGAGCAGGCAAAUGUGCUGCUCAGUUUCCAGAUGACAUCAGAGGAACUUCCAAAAGAAAACUGGCUAAAGAUGCUGUGUCGACAUGUAGCGAACACCAUUUGUAAAGCAGAUGCCGAGAAUCUUAUUUACAUUGCUGAUCCAGAAACCUUUGAAAUAAAUACAAAAGAUAUGGAUAGUACAUUGAGUAGAGCAUCUAGAGCAAUAAGAAAGACUUCAAAAAAGGUUACAAGAGCAUUCUCUUUCUCCAAAACUCCAAAAAGAGCUCUUCGAAGGACUCUUAUGCCAUCCCAAAGUUCAGUGGAGGGAAGAAGUCCUCACAGUGGUGACAAGCGUGCACUGAGUCGCCUGUCUAGCACAUCGUCAUUAGCAGGUAUCCCAUCUCCCUCACUUGUCAGCCUUCCUUCCUUCUUUGAAAGGAGAAGUUAUGCUUUAAGUAGAUCUACAACUCAUUUGAUAUGAAGCUUCAAAAAUCUUUACUUACAGACACUUAACACCUCAUAUGCAAAUAAGAAACUUACUUAAAUGGUACUUUUAAUUAGCACUUGGUGAAAGCUGUAAAGGAGAUAACACUAAA